AGCCGUUUUUAGCACCAUGAAGAUUGGGUAAAGGGCUGCAUGUCAGAGAAUGGCAGCAAGCGGAGCUCCGCUUCGGAGUCACUGGAGCAGGAAUUGGUGUGCAGGAUGUGCUCCUAGAUCUUCCGGAGGAGUCGUUGCAGAGGCCCAACAGCAAGGGCUUCACUCGUUCCGACGUGGGUGUAUAUAGCAAGGGCAGGAAAGGGAGGCCGGGACAGCAUCUCCAGUGCGAGCUUGGGCUUUGAUGAUCUCGACGACUUCUGCGCACCAGCCUCCCUCAAGGCCACUGAGAAGCAGAUGCGGCAGUUGAGGAGGUGCAUAAAGCACUACGAGGCUGAUGGCGAAGGCCCUUUCGAAGAUCAUGUGGAUCCCUACGUUCAUGAGCUUGUGGGCCUUGGGAAGGUUCGAGCGGUGGGUACCGACAACAAACGUUUGCAGCAGUUCAUUAGCGAGACGGUGAGAUUCGAGUCGAGGAACGAGGAAGUGAAGCAGAAGACCAGGAACGCCUUCAACAAGGUCCGAACGGCCUUGAAGCUGGCAGGCCCUCAGGAGAUCAUCCUGCCAGAACUUCCCGGGACCACAGGCACUGAAAGUACUUCUGAAAAGCCAAAGCGGAGGAACUCCACACGUCGCCGGAGCUCUGCAGUGGCAACCAAGCUCCCAAAGAAAGUCAAAGACACUCCGAAGGAGAAGUCUGAGUUAUCCAAAAAGAAGAAGCAAUUGCAGUAGGUGUCGCGAACAUGCAACAUGUCAGGAUCUGAACAAAGACACACCUGCGAAAACGCCCCUACCGC